UAGAGAUUCAAGUUCUCAUGGGAAGUUUGUUGUAUUUACGUCAAGGAGUUAAAAAAUCUCCUUACAACUACUUAUUGGAUCCCAUCCACUGGGCAGAAAUCUGUGACGUAUUCACAAGAGAUGCCUGUGCUCUACUUGGACUGUCCGUAGAAAGUCCACUGACCGUCUGUAUAAAUGCGGGGUGUAUAGCAUUACCGGCAUUAUUAAACAUCAAACAAGUUAUGCAACAGAGACAGGUUACGGGAGUAUGGAGUACCAGAGAUGAAUUACCAAUUGAAAUAGAUCUCGGACACAAAUGUCGCUUUCAUUCUAUCUUUGCAUGUCCCAUUUUACGACAGCAGAGUUCAGACAGUAAUCCGCCAAUGAGAUUAGUUUGCGGACAUGUGAUCUCGAGAGAUGCUCUCAAUAAACUUGCAAACGGCAAUAAAUUAAAAUGUCCGUACUGUCCGGUGGAGCAAAAUCCUGCCGACGCUCGUCUCAUCCAUUUUUAGUCACAUCUUCAUCCGAAUCCAGAGUGGCAUUUUACUUUCUUUCCUCCUGGAUUAAAUUGAAUACGUCCUUUUGUGAGUGUAUAUAAAAUUAUCUAAAUCCGAUGCUAAAAUCUGUUCAAUAAACCUAGUUAGUUAUCAUGCAUAUUAUUUGAAAUACCAAACGAAGACUUCUGUCUGUUAUUGUAUAAAUUAUUUUUUAAUUAAUAAUAUUGCUAUUGAUGUGUCAGUACUUAAAUGGCCAAUUUUAUUUGUUUUUAAUAUGCAUAUUGUGUGGUUUGAAACUUAUAAAAAAGGUAAAUUUUUCAGAUUUAUGCACACCCAUCUUUCUAAAAUUGUCAGAUGUGUACAUACAUACAUAAAUAUAUACCAUAUAAACAACAAAUCACUCUGUUAUGCAAACAUUUUCUUAUUUUAAACCCUGUGAUGCACAUGAUUUGGAUUUUGUAGCAAGUCUCCAUCUGUAAUUUUGUAAAUAAAAAUAUUUGAAUAUGCC